AUGUCUUGGAUGUUAGGACGAUCACCCGUGUCCUUUCAUGCACACACAGACACAAUACGUCUCACAUCUAACGCCACAACACAAAAGCAAUUCUCCCUACUCGAUCUAUGUAGAGAAGUCACUCCAGUAUGCAAUUUGAACCCUUUACUCUUCAAUGGUCACUUGCAAACAUUUUGGACCGUGGUCAAAGGCUAUGAGGUAAACGUAUAUUAUAAAAGACAUGUCUUUAAGUCCGUGUAUCCUUCCUCCGUUGGGACAUUUGCGGUCGACUUUGCCGUUCCAAAAUAUGAAGCUCAAGAUGCCUCACUACCACCGAAGACUACUUACUAUGUAGAGACUGAAUUCGACCAAGUGGGAUCUGACGACGAUAGACCAAUGCUCGUGGUGCUGCACGGUCUGAGUGGCGGCUCUCAUGAGCUGUAUCUGCGGCACGUGCUCAAUCCAAUGAUUCAAGCCGGUUGGGAAGCCUGUGUAGUCAACAGUAGAGGCUGUGCCAAGAGCGAAAUAACAAGUGGUAUUCUGUAUAAUGCACGAGCGACAUGGGAUGUUCGACAAACUAUCUUGUGGUUGAGGAAGAAAUUCCCGAAUAGGCCUUUGUUUGGCCUGGGUUUCUCGCUAGGUGCAAAUAUACUUGUAAAUGUAGGUAUUUCGCAGUGGAAGGGUUAG